UAAAAUCAAUAUUUUGCUAUAAAUUUCAAGAAUCUUUUAUAUAAGAACAUAUUAUAUGGCCACAGGGAGCAAUAAAACAAUUAAUAACAAUUUAAAUUUACAAGAGAAAUCCUUAGAAAUUAAACCAAUAAUCAUAGAGUUACAAAAGGAAAGGGGUCAUUAUGAUUUCGAUGAUUUGCGCCUAAGAGCUGGCAUGGAGGCUACAACUUCGGAAGAUAGUUUGUCUUUGAGUGAUAUCCCGGAGGAGGAAACAUUUGGCUCUACAAGACAUUCUAAGCUGUUGCACAAAUUACUGCUUUAUGGCCAACAACUCAUUAUGUUGAUAUGUUGGCUGACCUUUACCUAUUUUCUAAUGGCCAAUAAUGAAACUGAAUAUGAAGCCAAGACACUAACCGUGCCAGCUGGCAAAGAAGGUCUUAAAUAUCUUAUAACAAAGGAGGUGCAUGAUUCAAGUUUGUGCCUGAGAUUAUAUGGUCCUUUUACCAAGACCACUUUUAGAUUCAAAGAACUGCAGACAAGUCAUUUUGAGAGUCCUUUUAUGGCGGUGGUUUUGCAAGAGUUGGGUAAUGGUGGUUCUGUGAGAACUAUAAAAUCUGUGCUGCAUCUGCACUUGGCAGACCAGCAAUUGUGGCAGCUGCCCAAAAUCGAAAUGGUGGAAAAGAUUAUAGAAGAUGUCACCCUAGACAAUGGCAAAUAUCAAUUGCAUUUUUAUACCAACAUUAAUGCAAGCAUACCCUUGCAAGUGGCCUAUGAAUUUACCAUGGUGUCCAAGAAAUCGGGCCUAAUAUUAGGUUUGAUUUUACUAUUCAUUAUCUAUAUAGCCAUUGUAUUUGAGCUGGUGCAUCGUACGGUGGCGGGAGUAAUAUGCUCCACUUUGGCGGUGGGCAUUAUAGCAGCGGUCCAUUUAAGACCUCCAUUGUCCAUAAUAUUCAAUGAAUGGGGUAAUAUCGAUACCAUUAUGCUGUUUUUUGGUGCCUCCAUUAUUAUAGAAAUGUUGUCGGAAACAGGUUUGCAAGAUCAUUUGGCUGCAGUCAGCUAUGAACUGUCGAAUGGCCAUAUAUGGCCCAUGCUGAAUUGUGUACUACUGGCUACAUGCCUGCUCUCCAAUGUGUUUGAUGAAAUAUUGCUGGUGCUAUUCAUUGCCCCCAUUUGUUUGCGUUUAUGUGAAAUUAUGCAAUUAGAUUGUACUCCUGUUUUAAGCUGUCUGAUAAUAGCCAUAAAUGUGGGCUCCACUUUAACACCCAUCAGUUCCAUAAGCAAUAAUCUCAUAGCAAAUUCUCCGUUUCUACCCAAGGCUCAUAUCCAAUUUAGUGAAUUCAUGGCUCACAUGUUUCCAGCCACCAUACUCACCUUGGCCCAGUCCUAUAUACACCUAAGACUACAGUUCCAUGACUCCGAUAAAAUGCGCAAUUUUGAACCCUUCCAGAUAAGAAGGCUUAAGCGUUUGAUAAAGGUAUGGCGUCGAGCUUCCUUGCGCAUGGGUGAUUAUACCUGGGAUGAUAGUUUGGCUCGCCAGACGGUGAAUAGACGCAUAGGCAGUCUGCGUAAACGUUUAAAGCGUUUGGGUAAAAUGCCCGAAAAACCUGCUGGUUUUGAGGAGAAAGUCCAAAAUCUACGUGCAAAUUUUCCCAUCAAAAAUAUCUCCCUACUCGCUGUCUGCCUAAUGGCUUUAUUUAUAACUCUGCUGUUCUCAAUUUUGGCCAGGAUUCCCAAUCUCCUAAAAGUCUCCAAAGGUUGGAUUGCUAUUUUAUCCGCCUUAUUGGCUUUAUCCCUGACCAACUAUGAAAACAUUGAGGGCAUGCUAACACGCAUAGAUUGGUCCACCAUGCUAUUCUUUGUUACCCUCUCCAUACUCAUGCAAGUCUUAAUCAGUUUGGGUCUAUUGGAAAAUAUUGGCCUGAUGCUGGAGCAUUUAAUCAUUAAUGUCAGUGAAGACAAUCGUUUGACUGUGGCAAUUCUAGCUAUCAUAUGGAUUUCGGCCAUUUUAACCACCUUUAUCGAUAAUGUACCCGUGGCCGAUAUGAUGAUGCGCAUUAUUGGCACUUUGUCGCUUAAUCAACACAUUAAUCUACCCAUUAUGCCUCUGGUAUGGUCUCUGGCAUUGGGCUGUACCUUGGGUGGCAAUGGUUCGAUUUUGGGUGCCUUUGCCAAUAUCGCUUGUGCUGGAGUAGCUUCUCGUCAUGGCUAUAGAUUGACGUUUUUUGGUUAUUUUAAAAUUGGCUUCUUUGUAAUGCUGGGUAAUGUUGUAAUGGCUUCUGGUUAUUUGCUGUUGGUGCAUGUGGGCUGCCAGUGGCACUGA